AUGGCUACACUCAGCGCAUACCAUCCUACGACGCGCUCCCGAACCAAUCUUUUUAUAUCUUAUCGCGAUUCACAAGCGCGCGCUUCUCGCUAUGCUCGGUCCCGACGUCAGUAUGUAGACAUCGACGACGAUCCCGACGCCGGUGAGGCUCAGCGGCUUAUCAUCGACGACAACUCGGCGAAUGCCGCGCUCCACAUCGAUAUUACGCCUCCAUGGUUGGAUAUUUCGGACCAGGUAGAAAUGGCUAUCGUCGAUACCAGAAACAAGAUCCUGGCCCUUGACAAGCUUCAUGCCAAGCACGUGCUUCCGGGAUUCAAGGACCGUUCUGAAGAGGAACGCGAAAUUGAGCAACGUACGAACGAAAUAACACGCGAGUUUAGACGUUGUCAUUCGUUAAUUCAACGAAUAUCCGCCUCGGGCCACACUUUUCCCCCUAAUUCCCACUCUUCUCAAAACGAUGUUACAUCGGCUCGCAAUGUCCAACGUGCACUUGCUGCUAAGGUUCAGGACCUCAGUGCCUUGUUCCGAACCAAGCAGCGGAUUCAUCGCCCAUCAGAGCUUCAAGGCCGUGCAAUCAGCCGCAACGAUCAGAUGAUCGCAUCUGGUCUCCUGCCUUCCAAUACUACUAAUACUUACGAUUCAGUUCAGGAGGACGAAGAAGCGUCUCGAUCACAGCUCUCCGCUAUGCAACAUUCGGACCCGAGUUUAGCCGCCAGGAAUCAUGAGAUUGCUGAGAUUGCGAAGUCCAUUGUUUCUUUGGCCGAGCUCUUCAAAGAUUUGUCUAAUUUAGUCAUCGACCAAGGCACAAUUUUGGAUAGUGUGGAGUAUAACAUUCAACAAACAGCGAUUCAUAUGGAAGAUGCUGUCAAGGAGCUUGACAUUGCAACUCGGUUUGUCACGAUCCCUUUCCCUUUUGAGCCAUCCUAUUAA